UGUGUGCCCUCCCCUUCCCGUGCUCGGCCAAUGGGAGGCGCUGUGGCUGAGCGGCGCUGGACAGGUUGUGGAGCCGGAGUGCGGUGAUCUGAGGCGGCAGAAAAGCCGACUACUGGAGAUCCCAUGGAAGGAAAUAAAAAUGCAGGUGACAAGAAAGAGAAAUUGGCGGAUCAGAUAAUGCAGAAUCCCCAGGUCCUGGCUGCUCUCCAGGAAAGAUUGGACACCGUUUCUCAGACUCCAUCGAGCUACAUAGAAACUCUACCAAAAGCAGUAAAACGCAGAAUCAAUGCCCUGAAACAGCUGCAGGAGAAGUGUGCGCAUAUAGAGGCUAAAUUCUACGAGGAAGUUCAUGACCUUGAAAGGAAGUACGCAGCCCUGUACGAGCCCUUGUUUGAUAAGAGAAAAGUCAUUGUUACAGGAGAGGUGGAACCGUCGGACGCAGAGAGCGAGUGGCAUAGUGCUGGCGAAGAUGAAGACAAAGAGAAGCUGUCUGAUGAUGUGAAAAAUAAAAUGACCAUAUCGGACGCACCAAGUACAGAAGAUCCCAAGGGAAUCCCGGACUUUUGGAUCACGAUAUUUAGAAAUGUCGAUAUGAUCAAUAUAUCUUUACAGGAAUACGACGAGCCAAUAUUAAAGCACUUACAGGAUGUAAAGGUGACGUUCUCUGGCCCUGGGCAGCCAAUGUCUUUUACAUUAGAGUUCCUCUUUGAGCCCAAUGAGUAUUUCACGAAUGAAAUCCUGACAAAAACCUACAAGAUGAAGUCUGAGCCGGAGUCUAGCGACCCGUUCUCAUUCGAAGGCCCGGAGAUUGUGGAUUGUGAAGGGUGCACUAUUGACUGGAAGAAGGGUAAAAAUGUUACAGUCAAAAUGAUAAAAAAGAAGCAAAAGCAUAAGGGCCGUGGAACUGUACGUACUAUAACCAAACAAGUCCCCAACGAGUCCUUCUUUAACUUUUUCACUCCCAUCAAAGUUACCGGAGAGGAACUGGACGAAGAGACGGAGAACUCCUUAGCAGCUGAUUUUGAGCUUGGUCACUUUUUCCGUGAAAGAGUCGUUCCGCGAGCGGUUCUGUAUUUCACCGGGGAGGCAAUUGAGGAUGAGGACAGUUUUGAAGAGGGAGAGGAAGGAGAAGAGGAGGAGAUGGAAGGCGAAGAAGAGUGUGAGGAAGAUGAUGAUGAGCCACAUCCUGUAAAAAAAGAAUCCGUGCAGCCUGCGGAGUGCAAACAGCAAUGAUGGAGCGACGGAUGCAGUUACAGAACGCAACACUUCCAAUUGGUCAGGAGUCUACCUUCUGCAGCAGAUUUUUACUUUAAAGCAUCAUUAUUUUUUUUAUUUUUUAUUUUUAUUGAAUUUUUUUUUUUUUUUUUUAAGCUUAAUUUCUACAGUUGGGUUCUUAGAACGCUGACCUGGCUGGGUUCAGUUAGAAGAAUAGAAGCACAGUCCAAGUCUACGCUAUUGGGGGUUUUAUUUUAUGUUUUCCUUCAUUUUUCUCACUUUUUUUUUUUUUGUUACACUUUUUUUUUUUCUUUUUUUUUUUUUCUAUUAUAAUUAUAGGUUGCCAUGGCUUAUUUAUUAUUUUAUAGACUAACCAAAUUGGACAAAUAUUGCCUGCACACGCUGGCGCAGUUUUAUUGUGUCCUGGGAACGCCGCCCUACCCAUACACCGGGGACUAGUAACAAGCUCCUGGUGUCGUCGGAAGGUCAUUUAAUAGGCUGGGAAUUGGGGAAAGAGGGAACGUCUGCCCUCUACGAUUUCUAUUGCCCAGGCAGGUUUGUUUGAGCUGCCCUUGGGUACGAGAACAUUUUACGCUCAGGUCGGUGCAUUUGGUCCAUUUGUAUCUACAGAGCAGAACUGUUCUAUCUCAGGGAAACGGAACGAAGCAAAUCUGCCCGGGAAAUAAGAAUUCUCCGGCGGAGGGUCGCCAUGGCCGCUGUCAGAACGGCUGCCUCCACAUCAUCGUGCAGACCUUGACUACUCUAAAUACAUGCCUGACAGAACUUAGCAUUUAUACACCUUGAACCAUGUAAUUAUAUAGAUGUUCUACUUAUUUAAAUUGUACAGUGUAUUUAAAGAUGCAAUAAAAUAAGUAAAAUCUACACUGAAAUACAUUCAGCUAUUAUUAGGUCACUUAGACCUACAGGGAAAUUGUACCAGAAGAAAGUGAAAUGGGGGCUUGAACAGCUUUCUAAACAAUCCCCUCUCCCCUCAGUCUGGUGGGCUCAGCGGACCGUCUUUUGGGUGUUCAAAUGGUUUUAAAAAAUAAAAUCUUUUUAAGCUCACUUUGUGCUUUUGAUAAGUCAUUGGUAUAAAGGUGCUUGGCCGACUGGAAGCAAUUCCGGACAAUAAGGAAAUAGCGCUGGGUUUCUCGCCCCUUACUGGUGUGAUAUGCGACACGUAGGCACGUAGCGCUGGUUCUGGGCUAUGUGUUAUUUUGUGUGUGUGUCCCCCCCCCCCCCCCCCCUGAAGCUGUCAUGCUGAUCUCAUCAGUCGCGGUAGCGGGCACCGUCUUCCAGGCGUAGGGUGACCAAUGUAGAGAGACGGCACUAGUGCUAGACCGAGGAGACCGGAGCUGAUUGCUUGGUUAUAUAACACUGAGGACAUCUGUACCGUCUUCUCAGAUAAACCCUCGUGUACUAUAGAAAGAGAUUUAAGCCCAACCCCUUUUUGGGCACAAUUUCCCAUUGGUUCAGGAAUAGUAACCUCUGUGAGAAGUGGAGUGUUGCCUCCAGUUCUCUGAUAAAUAAGUAUCGCUUAUGUCGUCAUCAUCAUCAUCAUCCUCCUCAUGUUUAGAUUCUGCUGUUUUUCUUGCAGUCCUCCUAUUUAUUGGUUCAUCCAUGUUUAUAAAGACAAGUCUCUUUGUAUUAGACAUGAUUCCUUGUUUUCCAUUGACAAUGUCAGGAUAUAAAUAAAGUGAAAUGACUCAA